AUGAGCGGCUACUGCGCCUCCUGCCACACCUCGAACUCGCUCGAGUACUCGCCCGAGACUGGCGUCCUCGCAUGCACCGUCUGCGGCACCGUUUCAUCCUCGUCCGCCUCCCAGUCUUUCGAGUUUCUCGCGCGCGUCGAUGAAGAGGACGAAUUCCAGAAUGGCAGGACGUAUAUCGGGAGUGGAGCUUUGGCGGGCGAGUUUGGAGGAGUUGGAGCGAUGCAGGUGAGGAGGCAGGGAGGCAAGAGCGGUGCUUGGGCGAGGGCAGCGGGAGAGGGGGCUAAGAACACGCAUGACAAGAAGCAGACUGACGCGACCAAGUACAUUCGCCGCAUCCUCAACCGCUUCGAGCUGUACAACACGCUGCACAUGCGCGUCGAGUACUUCUUUCGUCUCGCGAAGGAGAAGGUCAAGUUCCGCUGGGGCAGGAGGGCCGAGAUCUUCGCAGCGGCGUGCGUCUACGCGGCGGCAGUAGAGGCUGGCAAGGACCUCUCACUCUUCGACCUGAUGGACGCCAUCGACGCGCAGGACAUCUUCGCCCUCACCCGCGCCAUCCGCAUCCUCAAGCUCGAGCUUCACCUCAGCUUCGAGGAGAACGACCCCGCGAUGUACAUCGAGGUGAUCCUCGCCUACCUCAAGAACACCUUCUCAACCUCCGCCACGCCCGCCGUCGGCACCUCCGCCGCAGCCGGCAAAGUCCCGCUGCACUCGCAGCACAAUCCGACGAAGAAGUUCUUCAGCGACAACAACGUCAAGUGGCUGCGUGGCAUCUCUCUCCCGGCCGUGCGCGCGCUGGCGACGGGUGUCCUCGAGUUCACGAAGGAAGCCGCCUUCCUGCGCGGUCGCCAGCCCAACAUCGUCGCAGCCGCCGUCAUCUUUGUUGCUCUCGAAGGCACCGCCCGCCGCAUCAUGCCGAUUGUCCAAGAGUUCGCCGACGAGCUCGGCUGGAGUCUCGGUGUGCGCCCCAUCACCAUCGUCGAGCGCUACCGCGAGAUCAACAAAGCCCUCGCCGAGUACGCGCCGCAGCUGCCGUGGCUCGCGGGAGAGGAGUUCUUGACGCCCGAGGAGAUCGAGGCGCUGCGCGGGCGGAAGAAGGCGCAGGGUCGCAAGGCGCUGAAGAAGGAACUCGUCGCCUACACGAGCGACAUUGUCGACUGGCGCAAGGCGAUCGAUGCGAAGCGUGCCGCCGAGCGUCGCGAGCAGGAGGCGAAGGAGGCGAAGGAGCGCAUGGAGUCGCCGGGAGAGGAGGCGUACCACUCGGAGGGAACGCCUGAUCCGGGAGGCGGAGCGAACGACGAGGAUGGCGACAACGAGCGCGAAGCCGACGCCGGCAACGACGCCGCCUACUUCCUCGAUCCCGUUCUUCACCCCGACACGGCUGCCGCCGCCGCACUCUACUUUCGCGACCCCUCAGCUCCGCCCGACGCUCUCGCUCGUGACGCUUCCGUCAAACCGCAGAAGGACCAGAAGCCGAAGAAGCCGUCGCCUCCGGCGCCUCCUGCUGCCGUUGAUGCUCGCCCUCCCGGCAUGAAGCGUCCUCGCGAGCCUGUCACCGUCAAGCGUCCGACGAAGCGACAAAAGGCGAUCGCUGCCGCGGCCGAGAGUCUCGCCAGCGGUGGAUCAUCUUCCACGUCAGCCGGCAAGUCCGCUUCGACCAGCGCCUUCGUCCCUCACGACCCGCAGCAUGUCCAGAUUCGCCAGCUCCUUCUCGCUGGCCACGCUCCCGAGGCUAUCGACGCUCACUUCGGUGCCAAGCCCGACGAGUACUCGAAGCAGAUCUCGACGCCGUUCGGGCCGUCGACUCGCCUUCAGCGGUUGCUGUGGAGGAAGCGGGCGGAGGACAUUGUUGAGGACGACGAGCUGUUCGACCCGGAUGAGCUCGACUUGUACAUCCGCACCCAGGCCGACGUCGACGAGCUCCUCAAGCACCCGGACAUCAAGCAGAUGCUCAUCGACGCCGAGGAGGUCGAGCGUUUGCAAGAGGGCAGGCGUCCUCGCAAGAAGCGCCCGAGGAAGCUCCGCACGAGGAUCUUUCCGACGCUGCACCUCACGAUGCCCGUCAGCGGCGUCCCCGAAGCGGAGGCGAAGGUGGCGGGCUGGACGCCGGGAGCUACGUACGGGGACGAUCCUGUCGACGAUGCGGCUGGAGCUGGAGCGGGCGCGAGCGGUACGACCGGUCGCCGCCGUACCGGUGCCGCCGGUACUUUCCCUGCGCGCCCUCGCAAAACCAAGGUCACGGCCGAGCUGAAGGCCAAGUUCGACGCGUACCUCGCCAUGGACGACGAGGACGAGGGAGGCGCGGGCGGCGCGGACGCCUGGCUUGACUUGGCCGUCGACGCAGCUCGUGACGAGGGCGAGGACGUCGCUUCCGACGACGAAGAAGAGGACGAGGAGGCGAAUGAAGGCCGGGACGAGGGCGAGGAAGGGGCGGAGGACUGGCGGAAGGAGCUCGGCUACGGGGUGGACGGAGUCGAGGACGAGGAGGAGUGA